AUUAUUAUUCAAAAUUAUGAAUUCUAAAAAAUCUCCAUGUCCAUAUGGUGAAAAAUGUUAUCGUAUAAAUCCUGAACAUCUUGAACAAUAUGAUCAUCCAAAACGAACGAAAACGAAUGACAGAAAUUCAACCAAAAUAUUGACAGACAAAAAGACUAAAAAUCCAUUGAUAACCAAUUAUUUCAAACGAACAAAACCAAAUGAAUCCGGCGAACUGGAUGAUGAACAAAAGAAAAUAAUCGUAAACGAUCAUUUGAAAUCACCUAAAACUUUGUGUAUUAGUAAAAAAUCUUUGGAUCACGAUUUAAUUCGAAAUUUACAUCAAAAACUAUUUCUGACACCAAUUCCUGAUGAAAUUUUUCUAUUCUGGAAUUUUUGUCAACAAAUAUCUUCCAAACAGCCUGAAGAUGCUUUCAUCGACGCAUUGGGCAUCAAACUUGUUGGUCCAUUCGAUUUACUAAACAAUAAACUCAAUGAAAGUCAUGUUGGCAAUGAAAACAUUUUGACUCAUUGGCGAUAUUUUUAUGAUCCACCAGAAUUUCAAACGUUCGCCAUUAUCGAUACAAAUUGUCGAAAUAAUCAUCUUAAAUUGGAAUCGAUUUCCUGUGAUUAUCAUCUUGGAUAUUUUCGUGAUGAUCCAACCGAUCAGAAACCUUUGGUCGUUUCAAAUGAUUCGAAAAAAUCCUGUGAAAUACAUGCUGAAGGUGACAAUAUUUUCGCUACUUUCCAUACAUUGCUUAGUGAUAAAAGAUUCAAGUUGAAAAAUAAUAAUGAUCAAUACAAUAAUUUACGGCGAAAACUUGAAACAUUUGCUGAAGAAAAUCAAAUCAAUUUGAUUGAUAAAACCAAACAUGAAGAAAGAAAAAAGAAGGUGAAUGCACCAACAUUACAUCAAUUCGGUAUUGUUGUUCCAAUGAGCGACAACAAUGUUGGUUACCGUAAAUUACCUAUUACCGAUAACAAUUUAAAACGUUCAUUUGAACGAAUCAUCAAUCUUAAUGAUGAUGAACAACGACGAAAAUGUUCAUCGGUAAAAGAAAUUCAACAUAUGAUAACAUUGAUUCAAUAUGCUAAUGAUGAAAAAGAUUUUGGAAUGGGCCUUGAAUUCGGAAUCGAUCUAUUCGAUGCUGGUCAUCAAUUUUUUCAUCGUUCAUCCAAACAUUUAUUGAAACAAGCUUAUGAAUUACUUGAUCGUAAAAAUUUUGCCCAAAUUAUUCAUAUACAUCUUAGCGAUGAUAAUCGACAAAAACAGUGGCCAAAUUUAUCGGCCAUUUAAUUUUUAUUAUUCAUUCACAUUUCAUUUUUAUUCAUUCAUUUGACAAUGAAUUUGAUGGUUGAUAUUUAUAUGAUUUACGUUUAUCAUCACUGCCACUUAUUAAAAAUCUUGUUUGACAUUCUAA